CUGACGAGUGACGAGUACCAAAAAAAAACACGAUAUUUUUUUGCAAAAAUUUACAAGUAAGAUUGAAGCAAGGAUCCAAGAGAAAGCAGAGAAAUAACCAGCAAUAGCUUCUGAGCACUCAUUUACUGGGCAUCUUUCAAGAUCUACUUCAUUAACUGGAGUGGAGAGUCAAGGUCAAAAAUAGAUGCGCGAAGUACUCAGCAGCAACCACAACGAAAUGGCAGAAGAAAUCGUCCUCAUCACCGGCUGUUCUUCAGGUAUUGGCUUGGCUUUGGCUGUAUUGCUUGCGAAGCAAACCACAAGAACCUUCAAAGUGUACGCAUCCAUGAGAGAUACAACAAAGAAAGACGCGUUGUUGGAGAAAGCUUGUGGUUGCAACAAUUUAAUUGUAAUAAAACUGGACGUGUGCUCACAGAAUUCUAUAGAUGCUGCUGUAAAAGAAAUCUUGGAGAAAGAGGGAAGAAUUGACAUUUUAGUAAACAACGCUGGCGUAGGGUUAGUUGGUGUUCUUGAAGCUCAACCAUGGGACAGAAUCGUCAAUAUGUACGACAUUAACGUUUUUGGUCCAUUGCGCAUGAUUCGUGCGUGUGUGCCAUUGAUGAAAGAGAAGAAAAAAGGUCGUAUCAUUAACAUUAGUGCUGUCGUUGGAAUGAUUGCCAUGCCCUUCACAGUUGCAUUUGCUUCGACGAAAUAUGCCUUAGAAGGAAUAACAGAGUCUCUUGCACCCGAGUUGGAUGCCUUUAACAUCCCAGUAAUUGCUGUCGAACUUGGACCUGCAGAUACCUCUUUCUCUAACAAAACUGGCUUCGGAACGGAUGAAUUUCUUGCAAAAGACGCAGCGACCAAAGAAAUUUAUGACAAAGUCAUGAACAACUGUAUGAAGGAAUUUGCCGAAGAAAAACUGCAAACUGCAGAAGAGUGUGCUGAAGGCAUUCUAAAAGCUGUUACUGACGAGACACCGCAAUACCAUUAUUUUCUUUGCAAGAAGUUUGAAGAGGAAGCAAAAGCCAAAUACUGUGAUAUCACAGGGAAAAAACCAUUUGAAAACAGCAAGAAACAUUUAUCUUAGGUUUUAAAAUGAUUAUAAAUGAAAAGAAGUCGACGGUCCGGUGGUUUAUAACAAUGAUCUAAUUUAUUAAGUACUGUCAUAGAUAGUUUACGUAUGUGCUUGCAUUCAAUGUGUUAAACAAUAAAAAAAAUACAGAAAAGUCUUUGAAAGCA